UGUAGUACAGUGUGUUCUUUCCCCUUUGGUUCUGCAGCUGCACCAGCGGUUCAUACUUCACUAACAGCCACUGUCACACAUGCUGCAGGUUUACAGCUCUGAAUGCGGACUGUUGUAUACCGAGGCCCACCAUUCAAAGUGCUUCCAGUACACUGCGGCCAAAGGCAUGGCACAUUUGACCUGCCCGCUGUGCUGCUAGCCAACAUGCUACCGUUAGCAUCCAGCUAGCUAACAUGCUACCGUUAGCAUCCAUCCGUGUGCUCGGCUGCAGCUGACGAACAGAACCGCCCAGAAUGAAAAAGUUUAGCGAGCAGUUCAACAAAACUGCCGGGAAACGACCAGUAUCAACAAGUUCAGUGGAUAAAACGGAUAGGGUUUAACUGGUGGAGAGUUCAGAAAAGUUUUGGACUCCCAUGCGGACUUCCUCCAGUGUUUGGGUCAGCUGUUUGCAGGUUGCUGGUUGUUGUUGUUCGGUCAAAAGUCGACCAUGCUGCUGUGGUUCGGUUCGACACGCCUACUCGGAAGAGGGAGAACUUUGCUCCGUGAUCCGGUUAAGAGGAUUUGCGUGAACAUGUCGUCCUCUUCUCCCUCGGGUAAGAGACUUCGCGUUCUGGUGGACAUGGACGGGGUCCUGGCGGACUUCGAAGGGGGGUUCCUGAAGAAGUACCGAGCCCGGUACCCGGAGGAGCCGUUCAUCAGCCUGGAGGACAGGAGGGGGUUCUGGGUGUCGGCCCAGUACGGCCAGCUGAGGACGGACCUGUGUGAGAAAGCCAUGAGUAUCUGGGAGUCCAAGGACUUCUUCAUAGACCUGGAGCCUCUGCCAGGAGGAGUGGAGGCCGUCAAGGAGAUGGCUCAGAUGGAAAACACAGAUGUCUUUAUUUGCACCAGCCCUAUAAAACAUUACAAACACUGCCCAUUUGAGAAGUACGCCUGGGUAGAGAAACAUUUUGGCCAUGACUUUCUGGAGCAUGUCAUCCUGACCAGAGACAAGACACUGAUCACCGGAGACAUCCUCAUCGACGACAAACCAGACAUUCUAGGUGUGGAGGCCAAACCAACGUGGGAGCAUGUCCUGUUCACUGCCUGUCAUAACAAGCACCUCCAAACCAGCGCCUCUCAGAAACGCCUGCUGUCCUGGUCGGACGACUGGAGGACCGUCCUGGACAGCAAGAGGCAGGCAGGGUCUUAGAUCCGGUCCUGGAUCCUCCUGGGUUCUGGUUGGGAGGAAUUACCAGGACCACACUGGCAGGUGCUGAAGUUCAGGUGGAACUUUGUGUUGAAGCAGCAUCUCCAGGAUUCAUUCUUGAAAAAAGGACAAAAAUAAGCAAGAAAAAUGAAGGGGGUUGGGGGUGGGAUCAGCCAAAUUUACCAGACCAGAGAAAAUCUAGAUGUCAAAUGUUUUACUUAAAGAAGGAGAGGUUAUACACGGAUUGAACCACAAGGGGGCACUCUAAGACUGAAUAUGAAGCUAAAAGCCAUCCAUUUCAAACCAAUGGACCGCACAUGGAGGGUCUGACGGGGCGGGCCGACCCGUCUCAGAUGAUCGGUGAAGGUGGUUCUGAAGCCCUGGUCCUCAUAGGAGCUUCAACAGGAGACUGUCGACUGUUCUGUGGUGCAAUAAUGAGUCACAUGACUGGUUCCCUCAUGACAGCAGAACACUCCACUACAUACUAAAUGUAUGUGCAAUACAACCACACAGGAGCAGGAUCUGGACGGAGCCCAUGUCACCUGGACUGUGUCACAUACGAUGUCCGUGGGUCCAGGAGAUGACUCUGUUAUACUGGUGCUUUUU